CCCCCCCCCCCACCAGCUCAGUGGCAGCCCGCAGCCGGUGGCGCUGAGAUUCUAUCUGCGGGUUGGGCGGGAGGGAGUCAGAUCCCCGAGAUCUUUCCGGACGCGAGCGCUCUACCCCCGGCGGUACUCACUCGAGUUGAAAUUGCACGGCAGCGCCAUACGGGAGCCAACAGGGGCAGACGGUCUGUCCCGGCGCUGCGAGAGGAUGGUCAUCCGCGUGUUCAUCGCCUCCUCCUCUGGCUUCGUGGCGAUAAAGAAGAAGCAGCAAGAUGUGGUUAGAUUUCUGGAAGCCAACAAGAUCGAAUUUGAGGAGGUGGAUAUCACAAUGUCAGAAGAACAGAGGCAAUGGAUGUACAAAAACAUCCCCCCGGAAAAAAAGCCAGCUCAGGGCAACCCUCUGCCCCCUCAGAUAUUUAAUGGCGACCGAUACUGUGGAGAUUAUGACAGUUUUUUUGAAUCAAAGGAAAGUAACACAGUGUUUUCAUUCUUAGGCCUGAAGUCAAGGUUGGCAUCAACGGUUCACUACAGACCAUUUGGGACACACUCCAGAUAUGAUGAUAGUUAACUUCCGGGAGACGUGGUUUAUGGAGUAGCCAUGAUUCUAUCUCUGGUCUCCCCAAAAGAACAUGCCACCUCCCAGAUGCCAAGUUACAGAUGCUACCAUGACUCCAUCCCGACUUCUCUGGGCAGACAGCCUCACCAAUGUGUCUUGGACCCUCACAUCUCCAGAGCUCUGGUCCACUAGGGAAAGAGAGAAACAGGUAUGGAUUGACCUAUCAACACCAUGCUCAGCAGAGAAGCAAUUACAGAACUCCUACCUUCUGCUCCCCCCAAAACAACCUUGAUCCAUCCUCCCAGCAGGGGAAAAGUGACAGGAUGAAGAUAACAGGACUCUGAACUCCAGCUCCAUCAGCACCCAGAGAGAGAGAAGGAAAAGGAAAGGGACAUAUGGAGGUAUUUAUGUUGUCAUGAGUGGCUUGGAGAGGAAGAGAGGAGUGAAUCAGAAAAAUGGGGGGGCACCUAUGUAUAAAUGUGGACAGAUAGUUGUAGAGAUGAUGGUUGACCCAUGUCUACAACCUUAGGGGAACUGUGGUGGAUUGCAGUGGAAAGAGUGAAGAUUCAAAAAUCUGGUGGUGGAAAUGGUAUAGAUUCAAACCCCUGUCGACAUGUAAUUCGGUAAUAUAAAAAUAAAUAAAUAAUUUUAAAAA